GCAGAGUCAAAGAGUUCGGCGAAACCCGAGAGAGACACGCACGGAGAUCGGUCUCAGUUGAAGUGCCCCAUGCUGUGUGUUGCCGUCCCAUACCGAAUCGGGAAAUGCGUCUGCAAGUCUUGUUGACAAGAUAAUUCGCACGGGCUCAUUACGAAGCCAGACCCAGUGCUGCUGUGCGAACAACAACAACAGAAACAACAACAGCAGCAGCAACAGCACAACAGCAGCACAGCAGAACAACCGAGCUGACCCCGGAGAGCGCCUCGCACCUGCCCCGGUGACUCUCGCUCCAUCGGCAGCCGAUCAACGGCAUCGAGACCCCAGCGGGCCGCUGGGACCGUAACCCGCACGACGACCCACAGCCGCUCGGCUACAGAGGGACACUCGGAGGAGGAGGAAACGAUGUCGAGUCGCGACAGCUUCCUGAGCGAGAGGGGCUUCACGGUCCACGUCCCCGCCGGCGACUUGGGCUGCCCAGAAGAAGGCCGUGGCAAGGGCACCUCGGGCAGCAGCAGCAAUGGUCUCUGCAGGGGUCUCAUCACGAUCCUGGCCGCGCUGCUGGUGAUGGGGGCCACGGGAGCCAUCGUGUUCGCGCUCUACCAGGCGCGCCGGGACCUCGCCAAUCUCAAGCAGUCGCUGCCGAGCGUCAUCCACAGCGCGAUGAUCACCGAGCUGGAAGGUUUCCAGGUGGGACCGUACGAAAGACAGAUGACUGAGAAUAACUCGCAGUCGGGCAAGCCCUUGGCGCACCUCACAGUCCGCGCCUCCCCAGCGGCGUCUUUGCCCGCGAAGGGGGCGGGCAACGUGAGCUGGGAGUCCCUCGCCUUGGCCGGCGUCUCCUUCCUGCGGAACGGCCUCAUCCUGCACAACGGCAACGUGCGCAUCGACAAAGAAGGAGACUACUUCAUUUACUCGCAGGUCUACUUCCAGAGCAGCGACUGCAGCGAAGGCGCCGGCGGGGACCACGUGCUGGUGCACGCGGUGAACCGCAAGGCGCCCAGCUACGAGAUGCCGUUCACGCUCAUGGAGGCCGUCAAGUCGCGCUGCGGCGACGGCGGCGGCCUCGGGCACCGGCCCGCGACGCGCCGCCCCCCCCACCACCCGCACCGCCAAUCGCCGGGGCGGCCGUGGUUCGGCUCCAGCUACCAGGGCGGCGUGUUCAAGCUGGAGGCGGGCGACCAGCUGUACGUGUCCGUGUCCGACCUCAGCCUGGUGAGCGACGCGGCGGACAAGACCUACUUUGGGCUCUUCAUGCUUUGAGGUGUUUUGGACGACGGUUCCAGUCCACCCCCCCUCCCCCCCCCCCGGAUGUCCACGGCGGAGGGCGGGGGGGGGCGGGGGGGGUCGGGGGGGAACUUGUGGGACUCCGCGGGGCCGCAGCUGCCACGACGCGCCAACGCGGCGGCGCUUCGUUCCGUCGUGCCUCGUGGUGGGAAUUCCCACGUCCCGCCGCCGUGGUUGGGGGUGGUGGACGGAAGAUAGCGGUGAAGGUCGGAGCGGGGGAGCCGGGAGCGGAACGCCGAUGGGUUUUUUAUUAUUCGGGAAGGUCCCCAGACGGAGGCCGGACCGUCUGGUCACGAGCGGCGGAUUCCUCCUCCUGCUGCUGCUGUUGCUGCUGCAACUGCUGCUACUGCUGCUUCUGCUGCUGCUCCUGCUGCUGCUGCUCCUGCUGCUGCUGCUCCUGCUGCUGCUACUGCUGCUACUGCUGCUCCUGCUGCUACUGCUGCUCCUGCUGCUGCUACUGCUGCUACUGCUGCUCCUGCUGCUGCUCCUGCUGCUGCUGCUCCUGCUGCUGCUGCUCCUGCUGCUGUUGCUGCUGCUGUUGCUCCUGCUGCUGUUGCUCCUGCUGCUGUUGCUGCUGCUGCUGCUGCUCCUGCUGCUGUUGCUCCUGCUGCUGUUGCUGCUGCUGCUGUUGCUGCUGCUGUUGCUCCUGCUGCUGUUGCUCCUGCUGCUGUUGCUGCUACUGCUGCUGCUCCUGCUGCUGUUGCUGCUGUUGCUGCUGUUGCUGCUGCUGCAGCUGUUGCUGCUGCUGUUUCAGAGAGCCUACUUCAUCGUGUGAUCAAUACGCAUUCGUCAUGGACUGUACCCAUAAGAUUGCGCAAUAUGAAAUGUUCUUACUUUUUAUACUUUCUUUCUUAAUGGGAAUUCAUCGCGCAGAAGUGAAAACGAGAAGUUGAAACUUGUUCCGGUUUUACCCGGGGGGGGGGGGGAGGGGGGGGGGGGUACGGUCCAGGAUGUGGCGUCUGUGUUUGGGUGGCGGCGAGGAAUUGGUUCGGUACCAGGAUCCCGUGCCGGUCUCGCCUUGAACUCCACCGCAGUUCUUACCGCUCAGUUCUUUCCCGGCGUGAAGACUUGACGAACCGCUUGCUACGCACUUGCUACGCGCUCUCCAUGAGACCGCGUGUUAAUGGUUUCUUUUUGUUGUAAAUACGAAAUAUUUAUUGGUGCUGUCACACAUGGCCCAUCGCGUGGGAGUGGUGGCGCGAUGGUUAGCGCACUCUGAUAUAAAUCCGGCGACGCAGCGUGCGGAAUGGGAGGUGGAUUUAAGAAACUCGCCCCCCCCCCACCCCACCCACGUUUCCACUGGAAUCGAACCGGUGACCUGUGUCGCAGGUCCAGCCGGCGUGCUGGUGACCGUUCCCACCACCACCACCACCACCAUAGUGGCAGGAGGAGCGUUCUCUCAAAUGUGAAUUUUAACUUUGUCCUACGCUGCGUGUCGAUGCCGCGGAACGUAAGCGGGCACUUGGACAAUGGGAUUACGGUUGGGGUGGGACGUCCAAUGCUGUUCCGUUAUUUAAGAGUAAUUAUUUAUAUCCUCCCGAUACACUGCACAUUGUACAAAAUCUAUUUUUUAUCAGACUUGUAAACGCGCGCGUUUUUGUAGAUAUGCGUUUGUCCAUGACGUGUCGUGGAAAACCCAAAGGCAGCUUUUGUUGUGAUUAUUCGUCAUCGUCGGUGAUAUUUUAUACGAAGUUAGAAUGUUAAUUAUUCAAUGGCGAGUCAUGCGUUAAGUUAAAGGUCGGCGAAUAAAAAAAACGCAGG